AUGCCUCACGCGACGAGUCUUCCCGCGCCAGGCUUCCAGGCCCUCAUUCUGUGCGGGCCUGGCGCGUCCUUCAGUACUUUCACAUCUACGCCGAAAGAGAUUCCAAAAGCAUUGUUGCCCAUUGCGAAUAGACCUAUGGUCUGGUAUCCCUUGGAGUGGUGCUACCGUAUGGGAGUUACAGACAUCACAGUCGUGACACCGCCAGAGUCAUUAGAAGCCAUCGAGGCUGCCAUGUCACAGAACCCGCACCUCACAACCCUCCCUUCGCCAAAGCCAGACAUCCUUGCGCCGAAAGACCUUUCACACCAAACGAGUACCGGCGACCUCUUCCGGCUACCUGAACUACAGAACGCUAUCAAAGGCGAUUUCAUAGUACUACCAUGCGAUCUUGUAUGCGAAUUGGACGGCACAGCGCUUGCAGACGCGUGGAUGGUCGAGCAGGGUGGUUUUGCAGGAGCCAGUGGUGGACUAGAUCACAACGGCAGCAAGAUCGCAUUCGGUGCUGGUGGUGAGAAGCUUGGACGAAGAGGCGGAAUGGGUGUAUGGUAUCAGACCAAAGGUGAAGGGAGCAGGAAGAAGGAGGAAACCGACUUCAUUGCGACGACACCACUACCAACACCCAUUGUCCCAGUUCCGACAGAUUCGCUACGCCGAAACAUCUCGAAACUGGUGUAUUCUGUUCCCACCGAUACCCUUAACGAUAUCACAGAAGAGAACAAGACAUUCCCACUGCGGCAUUCGCUCAUUCGCAAGCACGCGCGGAUAAGGAUGCUUACGACCCAUCGCGAUGCACACAUAUACAUAUUCCCAUACUGGGUCAUGGAGAUGAUCAAGAAAAACGAGAAAUUCGAGAGUAUCAGCGAGGAAGUAUUGGGAUGGUGGGCAAAGGCUGGCUGGCAGGAAGGUCUAGGAGAUAAAUUGGGUCUGCGGCAAAUACUGCAAGGCGAAGACGAGGAGUCGGAUCAUGGCUCGCAAGUUGUUGAAGAAGAGAUCGAUGUCUCCAAGUUCAGCACCACAUACUCCGACAACAUCACAGACACAGACACAAAGGCCCCCACAACACUCGCCUCGAGAGUCACAAAAUCCUCUAGCAUACCCGAAGCCGCAAAAUCACUCACCUCAAAUUCUAAACUCACGGUACCACCCAUCCUAGCCUACGUCCAGCCCUCAGGUCCAACCGAACCCCUCAUCCGCCGUGUGGACGACUCCCACCUCCUCCUGACCGUCUCCCUCCGCCUCGCCAAACUCCCCUCCAUCGAAGAAGUUACCAAAGAACUCGCGUCGCCGUUUGCACACCAAUCUAAGAUCGUUCACAAAGAAUCUAUACCCCGGAAAUGCCGCGUAGAAGCUGAGAACUCACUUCUCGCAGAUAACGUCAUCGUAGAAGAGAAGACAAACAUCAAGGAAAGCGUCAUCGGCCCUAAUUGCAAAAUUAGUGAGGGCGCGAGACUGCUGAGGUGUUUGCUGAUGGAUGGUGUGGAGAUUGGGCCUAAUGUUCAGCUUACGGAUUGUAUUUUAGGGAGGAGGUGUAGGAUGGAGGGUGGUGAUGCUAAGGAUGGGGAUAAGACUGUUCUCAAGGACUGUGAGGUUCAGGAUGGUCAAGUUGUGGAGUGGGGUACUGAGGCGAAGAAUGAGAAGUUUAUGCGCUUUGAUGUUGGUGAUGAUGUGGGCAGCGAGGGCUUUGGUGGGGAUGAGAUGGAUACAUUGGAUGGUGACGAGGGGGAGGUGUCUCAAAAAUACGUACCUCUUACCAUCAUCAAAGGCGCAGGCCAUGAGUACAUCCCCAUCCCGGACGGCGAAAGCGCAAUCGUCGCAGACUUCCACUCCAUCAGAACACAAACCAAAGACUCCCCCAGCUACCUAACCUCGGGAUUCUACCGCAUCAAAGCGGGUCCUACACGCAACAUUCCCACAUACGACUACGAAGAGACCAAAUUUGUGCUCAAUGGCCAGAUUGACGUGCUGGACGAGGCAACGGGUGUCACACAUCAUCUUGUUGCGGGUGACUUUGCUUUCUUCCAUGUAGGAUCAAAGGCACAGUUUUCGAGCAAAUCUGGUGGAACAGCGUUUUUCGCUGUUACUAGGCCGAUUAUUACUCAACAUCCUGGGUUGGUGGGAAGAGAAGAGAAGGUGGGUGCGCAGGCGAAGCUAUAA